AUGGCAGACCAUCGUCCGAUGAGCAUCGAUGCCAUGCUCGACAUGGAGAGGCAAGAGGUGCUUGCCCUGCUGGAAAACAAAAACAUCAACAACGCUACCUCACCGACGCGAAUGCAGUCUUCGUCACCGUACACAACAACACCUCAAUCUGCUGUUCGAAGCAUGCUUGACAUCGAUGAAGAACCUCAAAGCUCUUCGCAAGCCCCCAAAACCCAGGCUCCGGUGAGAAGCAUGCUGGAUAUUGAUGGUCCCGUCGCAACAACGCAAGCUCCCGUUCGAAGCAUGCUCGAUGUCGAUUCUCCAUUGACUCCCAGAUCGGUCCACGGGCGAAGCUCCAGCCCCACGUCGCCGAAUGAACCCCUCUUCAAAGCUCGUUCUGCAUCAUCACAGGGCUCAUAUCACUUGCGGAAAUCAUCGGAUGCCGCGUUCAAGCCGGCCGACUUUGGUUCGCGUUCAGCAAGAAACUCUGACCGCACGUCCGAAUAUCAGUUCUCGGGCAUUCUGCCCCAGUACUCUGGGACUCAUGGGUCGAAGCGAUUGGCUCAAAGCGGCGGCAGCAAAAGGUUGCCGAGCGGGGUAUUUGGUGAGGCGCUUCGAAAUGCUGAUUUGAGCAGCUUGCAACUGCCAGUCGACAGCGGCCGCAACUCUUCUGUAUCCGGGCGACUGGGUCACAACAAAUCCAAGUCACCUCACGAACGCUGGGCCGCUCGUUCUAGGUCGCCCGCUACUUUCCAAAACGCCCUGCCGCCGAACAAGGCCAUGCUAGAUGAUGGGCAGAUUCUGGAUAUAAACAGUGCCUAUCGUAGGCUGUCGGACGCGAACCUGGCAUUUUCUAGAGGAAGCUUGUCGCAACUGCCCAUGCGGAAAAAGUCGGACGAUGUCGGAGAGGGGCGACUGGUAAAGGAUUAUCUGGGACCAGAUGGCGAGCAUCUCGAGUCCAGUGAGGACGAGGAGCCUCAUUCAUCCGAUGACGAGGACCGCGGCCGUAAGAAGGCUCCGAGGUCGCUGAAUCCGGAUGCUCAUGAAGAAGGCAAUCAUGCUGCCUCUCGCUCUCGUUCUGGACAGGGCACCCGGAAAACACUGAGCCUGUUGGCUGCGGCGGAUGAAGAGCGUUCGAAAAUUGCGUCACUGGAAAGUCAUACCUACACGUACAGGUCACUGUUGGAGCCAGAAAUAAUGAUUACAAACACUUCGGGCGACACGGUGAAGCCGUCCAAAACAGGGAUACACCCUCAUACCAGCUAUGAUCAGAAUCCGGCCUCGGCAAACCAGUCCAUGUUUGACUCGGACGAAGAGGCAGAUGUGGACGAUAUCAAGCGGGCUCAGAUGCUCUCGUUUUCCAUGACCAACAUUUUAACAGCAGCAGACUCGCACCGUUCGAUCCGCAUCAUCUACCGCGGAGACUAUCACAAGAUUGUUCAGACAGCCGAGGAAGAUCAUCGAAGGCUCCGAAAGUACUUGGUGGCUACUGACCUCAGCGACGAAUCCACUCAUGCCCUGGAAUGGGCAAUCGGGACGGUACUUCGGGACGGCGACACCUUGAUAGCGAUUUACUGCGUGGACGAAGAAACCGGCAUCGUGACUAGUGAAGCGUCUCUUGUGCCGGAUGAUGCCAAGGCCAUGAGGGAGCAAGCAGCAGCCAUCAACUCGGUCGCCAACGCCAAGGGAACCCCGGCCCCCGUGACUCCGGUUGUCGAGCUGAAGAGGGCCUCGGCCCUGCAGUCGCGCCCCGGCUCUGCAGGUGGUCGAACACCGGCAUCUUCCCCGGGACCGUCGCAGAGGUGUGACUUGCAAAGGGCGGCGGAAGAGCGACACCGAGCGAUUCAGGAAAUGACGGACAAGAUCCUGCGACUGCUGAGGAAGACACGCCUACAAGUCCGAGUGAUUGUAGAGGUGCUGCACUGCAAGAACCCACGACAUUUGAUUACGGAAAUGAUUGAUUUGAUCAAUCCCACGCUGGUCGUGAUUGGAAGCAGGGGACGCAGUGCCUUGAAGGGUGUUAUUCUGGGAUCCUUUUCCAACUAUCUCGUGACCAAAAGCUCGGUGCCGGUCAUGGUGGCGAGAAAGAGGCUUCGCAAGCAAAGCAAGUAUAAGCAAAAGGCCGUCAAGCAGGUGAACAACUUGAGCAACGCAGCAGCCCGGAGUCUGGCCAAUGCUAAGAUUGAUUAA